GACAGAGCCUGGCUGGGCAAUGCAGCCUGAGCUCCGCCGCUGUUCCUCCGUUACCGCGCGCGUUCCCGUCCCUGCACCCGGCAGGGCAUGAAAGCACGGAGCCUCCCGAGCUCCAUCGCGGACUGAAGGCGGAGGUAACAAAGCAGAGAGAGAGGGAGAACAGGAGAGAAGAGAAAGACUGCGCCAUUCCUCUGGACCUCGUUUGGUUGAGACAUGCCAGUUCCAGACCAGCCAGCUGAAGCUGAGAAUCCUGCCAUGCUGAGCCCGGGGCUGAACGCCUCCAAUGGGGACAAAGCAGAAACAGAGACCACCUCUGCCAUCCUGGCCUCAGUUAAAGAGCAGGAGUUGCAGUUUGAAAGACUGACUCGAGAGCUGGAGGCUGAGCGUCAAAUAGUUGCCACCCAGCUAGAGCGAUGCAAACUGGGAUCUGAGACAGGUGGCAGCAUGAGCAGCAUAAGUUCAGCUGAUGAACAUCUUCGCUGGGACACUGAAGAUGGACAGAAAGACAUAGAGGAUGAACUAAACACUGGGCUGGAGCUCGUGGACUCAUGCAUCAGAUCCUUGCAGGAAUCUGGUAUACUGGACCAUCAAGAAUACACAACUGACCGACUGCUCUCUCAGAGCUCGCUGCAGCUCGGCUCCAACCCAGAGGGCUCCCUUCAGUACUCCGCUGGCUACCAUAGCAACCAGCCCCUGGCCUUGAACGACGGCGCUUCUUCAUCGGCCUCUCCCCAGAACCUGCCUCCGCAGCCUCCAGUGCGGUCCAGCGGUCAGCCGGGAGGAGCCGUCCACACCUACAACCAGGUGACGUCCAGCCGCGCUGCGCUGCUGGCCGUGGGGGACCCGGCUCAGCCCCAGAGCCAUGGCAGCAUCCUGCAGCAUCUGUCCGAACCUCAACAGCAGUGUUCAGCCCCGGGCCCAGGUCUCUAUUACUCCAGCUCCACGCUGCCUGGCCCGCGUGUCAGCUCUCCCCUGAGCUCCAUGCAGCCUGCCGCAGCCAGUGCAGGCUCGCCCACCAAGCUCCAGCGCCUGCCGUCCUCUUCCUCUUCUGCCUCGCCCAAGCCUUCUCCUGGAAGGCUCGCCAAAUCCUACAGCAGCAGCUCACCCAUCAAUGCAGCGGGCACUGGAGGCUCAGCCUCUGGCUCGCCCCUGCGCCUGGCAUCCCCGCCCAACAACGCCUCCCCUCUCCAUCACCAGCUUAGUGUGGGCAGCUACGCCACGCUCUCACCCACCAAGCGACUGGUGCACUCCUCUGAGCAGUACAAGAUUUCCCACGACCUGUACGCUACCGCUACUCUACAGAGACCUGGCAGCCUUGCCGGAUCUCGUGGUUCGUACAGCAGCCAGCACAGCCACCUGGGCCCUGAGCUGAGGCCCCUGCAGUCCCCCGAGCACCACAUUGAGCCCAUCUAUGAGGACAGGGUCUACCAGAAAGCACCGAUGAGAAGCCUGAGUCAGAGUCAGGGGGAACCCCUUCCCCCAGGGCACACUGGGACAUACCGUACCAACACAGCCCCGUCCUCCCCCGGUGUUGACUCCGUACCCUUGCAGCGAACAGGAAGUCAGAAUGCCACUGGGACGUACCCCCGGGGCGGCUACACGUCUGGCCCGGCUGCCAACUACGCUGACCCCUACCGGACCCUGCAGUACUGCUCUUCCGUGGAGUCUCCCUACAGCAAGUCUGGCCCUGCCCUGCCUCCAGAGGGCAACUUGGCCCGUUCUCCCUCCAUUGACAGCAUCCAGAAGGACCCCAGGGAGUUUGGUUGGAGAGAUCCUGAGCUGCCUGAAGUUAUUCAGAUGCUACAGCAUCAGUUCCCCUCAGUUCAGUCCAACGCUGCUGCAUACCUCCAGCACCUGUGCUUCGGAGACAACAAGAUUAAAGCGGAGAUCCGAAGGCAGGGUGGUAUCCCGUUGCUGGUGGACCUGUUGGACCACAGGAUGGCAGAGGUGCACCGGAGUGCUUGUGGAGCUCUGAGAAACUUGGUCUACGGCAAGGCUAACGAUGAUAACAAGAUUGCCCUGAAGAACUGUGGAGGCAUCCCUGCGCUGGUCCGCCUGCUGCGCAAGACCUCAGACGUGGACAUCAGAGAGCUUGUCACAGGGGUGCUGUGGAACCUGUCCUCGUGUGACGCUUUGAAGAUGCCCAUCAUUCAGGAUGCUCUGGCUGUUCUGACCAACACGGUCAUCAUCCCUCUGUCUGCCUGGGAUGUCUCUCCUCACCAGGAAGAUCGCAAGCUGCAGAUGCACACAUCCCAGGUCCUCCGCAAUGCCACUGGUUGCCUGAGAAACGUGAGCUCAGCAGGGGAGGAGGCGCGGAGGCGGAUGAGAGAGUGUGAGGGGCUGACUGACGCUCUACUUUUUGUCAUCCAGACUGCACUGGGGAGCACGGAGAUUGAUAGCAAGACCAUAGAAAACUGUGUGUGUAUCUUGAGGAACCUCUCAUACCGACUCGCAGCAGAAACUUCUCAGGGACAGCAGAUGGGCACAGAUGAGUUAGACGGCCUGCUAUGCAGUGAUGCCAAUGGGAAAGAUGGAGAGAGUUCGGGCUGCUGGGGAAAGAAGAAGAAGAAAAAGAAGUCCCAGGAUCAGUGGGAUGGUGUAGGCCCUCUCCCAGACACGUCUGAGCCCCCCAAAGGAAUCCAGAUGUUAUGGCACCCCUCCAUAGUGAAGCCCUACCUCACCCUGCUGUCAGAAUGCUCCAACCCGGACACGCUGGAGGGAGCAGCCGGGGCGUUGCAGAACCUGGCUGCUGGGAGCUGGAAGUGGUCAGUCUAUAUCCGUGCAGCGGUGAGGAAAGAGAAGGGUCUCCCCAUUCUUGUCGAGCUCUUGAGGAUAGACAACGACCGGGUGGUGUGUGCAGUGGCUACAGCAUUACGAAACAUGGCCUUAGAUGUGAGAAAUAAAGAGUUAAUUGGAAAGUAUGCAAUGCGGGAUUUGGUCCAUCGCCUGCCGGGUGGCAACAACGCUAGCAGCAGUGGUGGUACUGCCAACAGCACCAUGAGCAAAACCAUGUCAGACGACACGGUGACUGCUAUCUGCUGCGCCCUGCACGAGGUCAUCACCAAGAACAUGGAGAACGCCAAGGCCCUGCGAGAUGCCGGCGGGAUUGAGAAGCUCAUCGGUAUCGCCAGGAGCAAAGGAGAUAAACAUUCACCAAAGGUGGUGAAAGCAGCAUCUCAGGUCCUCAGCAGCAUGUGGCAGUACAGGGAUCUCCGCAGCCUUUACAAGAAGGAUGGCUACUCACAGUAUCACUUUGUUGGCUCUGCCUCAACAAUAGAGAGAGACAGACAAAGACCUUAUUCUUCCUCCCGCACACCCUCCAUCUCUCCAGUUCGGACCUCCCCCAACAAUCGGUCAGCGAGCGCCCCCGCCUCACCCAGAGAGAUGAUCAGCCUCAAGGAGAGGAAGACAGACUAUGAGUCCACUGGAACCAAUGCUAGUUUCCAUGGAAACAAAGCUGAGCACACAUCCAGGAAAGACGCCAUGGCAGUGCAAGUCUCCUGUGGAACCUCCACUCUGUUCCGCAACUCGUACGUGACUCCAAAUGAAGAGAUCAAACACAACCAGGUCCCAGUGAAUCCAGCUGCACAGGAGAGUGUGCGAAAGGACUAUGAGGCACUUCCUCCCUUUCAGAAUUCAACAAGGAACUUUGAGGAGCCCUUUUUCGAGGAUGCCGUCCAUCGUCCCGCUCCCACCACCGAUCUCAGUAUGCAUCUGGGACUUAAGUCCACCGGCAAUUACGUGGACUUCUACUCCGCUGCCCGUCCCUAUAGUGAACUCAACUAUGAGACGAGUCAUUACCCGGCCUCGCCCGACUCCUGGGUGUAGGACUCGGUGACCCCCUGAUGGAUGGGGGAAGCACUUGCGGAAAGGCUGGAAAACUGUGCAUGUGCAUGCAUACCACUAAACAUUUCUUCAGCAAGUUUUUUUACAUGUCCAAAAAAAGCUGGUUCUGUGGGACAGUGUGGGAUCGAGGACGUGACGAGCGCAGCGGCAGGGAGGCAAAAGAAAAGAAGGUUUAGAGCAGUGGUCACCAACCCUGCUCCUGGAGAUCUACCUUCCUGCAAAAACACUCCAGCCCAAAUCUAACACAUCUGACCUAACUAAUUAAGAAGACGUGACGGUCUGGAUCAAAUGUGUUCAAUCAAGGUUGGACAUGAAGUCCUCAGGAAGGUGGAUCUUCAGGAACAGAGUUUUGACCAGUGGCUUAGAGUGAGAAAGCUGAAAGAAAGGAUCAAAGAAAGAUGACAGGGGCAGUGAAAGGGGAAGGCAGAACUUUGGCCUUUAGAAUAGGGAGAAGCUUUUCUGAAAAGGUUUUGGAAAGUGGUAGGUAGGAUUAAGAAGUACAGUUGAUUAGAGAUUCGGGAACAGCUUUCCACUUUUUGUUUGUUUUCUUCCAUCACUUCAUUGUGACUCAUCUUGAUUUUUGAAUGUCAUUGCAUAUUAGAUUUUUCCAGCCUUAUCUAUUUUUUUUUCUUUUCUUUUUGUACUUUUUUAUUUGUCAAUGUAAAGUAUUUGGUGUACAUUACAGAGAUACAAGUACAUUGUGUACAUUACACUGCUGCCACUCGGAGCUCCAGUGGCUUCGGGUUCUGUUUUACGGUACUUAAAAAGAAAAAAAAAAAAAAACUAGACCACUUUAGAGAGAAGUAACAGCUAUCAGUGUCCCAUUUUCAGAACAGAAUAUCUUUCAAGAGCAAAGAGGACGUAUCUAGCAGUAUUGUUCGUUCCGAUAAUGUGAGUAUGUUCGUGGCAUCUAAAGCAACGUUUUAAAAGCAGUUAUGAGAACAUCAUUCCACACUACUUGUCGAUGAAGUGCUUUCUCACUGCCUAAAAAAAAAAAAUAAGAUGUAGAUAUUUGAAAUAGAUUUCUUUGGGUUUGAAUUAUUAGAUUUCCUUUUUCUUUCUUUCUCUCUUUUCUUUUCGGGGAAUUGGGGAGGUAAUAUUAAACUGUUUUGUCAUCCAUAACUGCAGAAAACAUGUUUGUUCCAUGUGUAUCUCAGUUCUCUGUGCUAACAUGAAGAGAUAACAGACAUUGUGCCAAACUUAAACUAGCACUGGAGAUGUUUUAACCUUGAGUUUGAUGAGUUUUUACUACUAGUACUAUCUGUAACUGCUUUCCUUUGUUUAUAAAUGUGUUCUAUUUGAUUUGAUUUCUUUUCUGGAAUUAAGCUACUAAUCUAGGCAACACUGGAAAACUACCAGGAGGGCAAAAUCUUUGUGAGCUUAAUUCCCUCCAAAGAUGUACAAAAUCUCUCUCUAUGUUAGCUGAGUGCGUGCUGUAUGUUGAUUGAUGUUUGAAACGAGAGGCGAUGUUUGUUUCUAACGGGUGGCUUCUACUGUUUGACUUGGCAAAACACCGUAAAACUACUAGACUGAAAAUGUUCAUAGAGAAUGAUGAAUAUAUAAAUAUACAUAAAUAUAAAUCUAUAUCAUUUUUAUGUGCAGAUGUCGGUGUCACUAAAAGCAACAAACUUGCAAGAAAAGACUUGUAUAAAAGGAUUCUGUUCACCUAAAUGUUCUGAGAAAAUGUUUAAAAAAAAAACAAAAAAAAAAAAACACUGGCAAUGUUGACCCCCGGUCUCAGUUGUGUUGUUACCGAGUUACA